AGUUAUAUACGGUGAGCUCGAUGAGAGAGAGGUCUCGCGCGGGGAAGAGAAAAGGUGAAGUGAAAUGUCGCGACGAAGCGAGAGAGAGAGGAACAUCAAUCGCACGGAGGCAAGUCGAUUCAAAUGACUGAAGCGGCAACCUUGCGCGGCCUCAUUGGCCGGGAGCGGCAGCGGCGCCGCGUGGCGAGCGCGCGGAACUACACGUCACGGGCACAUUGGGCCACAUUGACGGAAUAAAUAACGGAAACGCAACACGUGAACAACGCUCCCGUACGAAAUGUCAUGCGUAUUCGCGGCAUUCUGAGGAAUUCGCACGUAUCCACCGGUCGAUGACGAGCGAGUCUUCGUGAGGGAUCCUGUCUCGCGCUCUCGAAAGGAAAAUCGCACAUCCACGGUACGUCGUCCGGCACGGGGGGACCUCCUCGAGACGGCUCUCUACUCCUGCUGGUCAGAAUGCGUGCCGACACGUGCAUCCUGCUGAUCUACCUGUCGCUCGCGAUCUUCGGCGGGGCCGAGAAAAACGAAAGCACCUUCGUGGCGACGCACGAGUGGCAGACGGUGAAGAAAGGAACUCCUAUCCCAAAAGGACUUCAUGUAAGGCAUAAUUUUAUGACCGGAGUGACAGAAGCUAAAUUGAUGGACGACACGGAGGAAGUAAAAGAAGAGGAUGAAACUGUGAAUCGAUCAAAUUCCAAGUCGCUGACGUUACAUCCCGAUAAGUCGGUGUUGGAGACUGAAGAAGCAGAUUCGGUGAAAAUAAAAAAGGAGUCAGAAUCUUUGAAAUUCCCGAUCGAUGAGCUAAAGGCAAGAUUGAAAAAACUUAAGCAGGAGGAAGCAGAUAUAUCAAAUGCGAAUGAUGGAGAGACCCGAUCAAAAACCGGGAAAUACUUUAAACGUUUUUACGAAACUGUAAAAGAGGAGCUUAACGCUCUGAAGAUCAAUGUUACGAGUGAUUCCGAGUUAUUGAAGAGAUUCUUCCAGAAAUUUCUUUCGUAUAAAAAUAGCAUCACCACAGGAACGUUAACCGACGUAGAGACUGAGGAAGUUUUGGAUAUUCUGAACAAUUUAGAAUAUCUUCUCCACCAAAUUGACAAUGCUAAGAUAUUCUCAGACAUGGAUGGACUGAUUAAGAUCAUAUCACCGUGUCUCAAUGGAACCAACAAUGAAAUAAAAGCGGAAGCGUUGCGUCUUCUGGGAACGGCCGUUCAAUCAAAUCCAAAAGUGCAAGCUAAAGCAUUGGAAAAUGACUUUAUUCAAAAAAUACUGCACGUUUUGUCGACGAGCAGUAAAAUCGAAGUGAAAUCCAGAUGUCUCUUCGCUCUAAGUGCCUUAAUACGCCAGUUUCCGGCCGCUCAGAAAGCUUGGAUCGAUCACGGUGGUUUGCAGCUGCUCGGCAAAAUCUUGUACGACGAUCAGUUGCAGAUACAAAUGAAAGCUAUGAAACUAAUCAACGAUCUAACGAUCGAGAGGCAGAAUCUACAAGAAAUCUACGAUGUGGAGCAGCGUCAGCAAAAGAUGAGAGAGUACGCCAUUACCGAUUUCGAGCAGAGGUUACUCAGGCAUGAUUAUUGCAAACUCCUAAGUAACUUAAUGGUCAAGUGCUUCAAGGAAAAGUUAACCGGCCAAUUCAGCAUAGAGAAUAAUGAUUUUCUUGAAGUUGUUUCCGACAGCAUGAUCACGGUGUCUCCUAUUUGUAGAAGUGAAUUCAAGGACAUUAAGCUUCUGCUCGUACCUGUCAUAGAUAAUCUCUUGCAUUUCUAUCAAAAUCUGAAUAUCAAACUCACCGUCGAUGAAACGGACGUUCUAAAGAGCCUGAUAUUGCUGAUCGAGAGAUUAAAAGUAACUAUUUUUGAAGCGCCUCACGAUGAGCUGUAAAUAGAAUAUGAGCUUUUGACACCUGAAGCUUGGCCGGAAAAAAACUCGGCGGAUUGCAGAGACUACAAAUUGAAUUCCAGCCUUGUGUUAGCAGGAUGUAAAAUUGUAAUCAUUUGUGCAAUAACAUCGGGCCUUCCCGAGUCACAUUCAUUUGAAAUAGCGUGAGAAAUUUCGCGCGAGGAAAAAGGCAAGCUUGGCUAUUGUGAAAAGAGUUUUGGAAGAGGAGGAAGAAAAGAUGCCAUCUGCGGCGAACGAGUAGUUGUAAUUCGUGAAUCCUAAGGAGAGUUAUUAUUUAAUCGUGAAGGAUAUUUUGUUAUUCUAAAUAUAACGUUACACAACGUCUCACUGUAAAUAAUUUAUUACACUUGGCACCGGUGAUCAGUCAGAGUGUGCAAGUUUUUGUCUUUUGCGCCUGAGAAUGUCGCACUUCGAUCCAAAUACUAAUCAGAAUAUAAAAUUGAUUACUGUAUUAAAUUAUAUUAUGCUAAAUCUACAAAAUUCUUUAAUUUAAUGUAUACAUAUAACGAACUUUUUUGUAAUGAUUCCAAUAUCGUGAGAAUCUUCUUUUCAUUGGCCUAUCUUGUAAUGUUUGGAUAACGCCUCGGACAUAGCAGACGGGAAUUUCAAAAACCCAAAUUCCCAAAGACCCAUUGGAAUUCGAUUCUAGAUCUCCCCCUUCCCACAAAUGUAUCUCUUAUAUGUAUGUACAAUUGCAUAUAAAAUUCACAAGAAAUAUCAUUUUGAAGUAAAUGACUGAGAAGUAUGUAUAUACUAUCUAAGAGGCAUUUUUAGUUGCUUCAACCGUCAGUUAGUAUGAAUGUACAUCUGUUAAGUUUUUUGUUUAAAAAUAAUUAUUUAAUAAAUUAUUUUUUUCGUACCGAUUGCAUUCUCUUUUGUCUCAGACAGAUUCCUUAAUAUAUAAGAGUGGUAAAGUAUACAAAAAAAAAAUAUAUAUAUAAUAUAUAUAUUGCAGAAUAAUAUAUUUUAUUUACAAAUCAUAGCGAGAGAAUUAGAAAUUACAUAUGAACAAUUUUCAUUCGUAAUCGUAAUUCAUAGAAAAUAUUUUUGUAAAAGACGUUCAUUUUUAGUUUUCCAAGUAGAGCUUUUAUUUACAGGUGCGAGUAAAGAAGCACUUCCCUGUAUCACGUGAUCAGAAUGAACUUGCUUUUUCACUUGUUAAGUACAAGUGUUGCGUUUACUCGUGCAACUUGUAAUAUGUGGACAUUGCGCGUCAAGAGAAAAUCGCAGUAGUCAAAUUUUUGUCAUUAGUUUUACCAAUUUUUUACAAAGACUGCGACUUACAACAAGGUGUAUAAUUGUUUAAAAGAGUGUAUUAUCUAAAUUUAAUUUCAAAUAUCUCUAAAUGUGUACAUAUAAAUGAAGUAUG